AUUAUUGUUCUUUCCAUUUUUGGCAGCUUUGAUCUACCCCGUAAGUGUGUGUGUGUCUCUUUGGUAGUCCAGGAUGCUUUUCUUCCCCAGCUUUGCCCUAAAGAACAAAUGAGACCAUGUGUGGUAAUCAUGCAACUCUGUAUGGUGGUUAGUUGUAUAUUUUUGUAAAUGCCAUAUUUGUGGCUGUGAUACAGAUCCAGGUGAACUUUUUGUUCCUAAUAAUUAGAUGAAUUUAGGCCUCUUCACAAAGAGUGACUUAUACCUCUUUAUAUAGAACCUAAAGCUCUUGUGUUCAAGUUUGGAGAGCCAGUAUUUUGUUGUUUGUGACGUGUAACUGGUCACAGGGCAUUGUUUCUGUUGAAGCUGGCUUGAACUAGCCACUUCAGGUUUCAGCCAUCACACAAGUCGGUGUAAGACUUUGACUUUCCACAAACACCAAUUCACUUCUAAAUGUUUAUGGGUGGGGAACUAAUGAAGAGGUUACAAGUACCACUGAAGCAAACUUGUGGGUCUCAUUCAAACUAAUGUUAGCAUGUGGCUUCUUGCAUUGUUAGCAUUACUAAGUCAUAGAUCCCAUAAUGUCCUAGGGUCCCUUACACUCAACCUUGUCCUCAUACUGCCAAACUGUUGGACAGCUGGCUGUAAAAACUACCUGCUGUCCUAGACCAAAGGGUGGUGUUUUAUUUAAAAGAAUACUUUAUCAAACAUUAAAUUGAGAAUUUUUUAGUGUUUCCUGAAUAAAGAUAGAGAAUAAAUUCCAAUACACACCGUAGGAGAUAUGAUCUCUCAAUGCAUACAGCAGUCUCAGUCUGACUAAUCCUGUAUUACUAGAUGUGGCUUCCUGAUGCUGUUUUAAAAAAAAAAAGCCAGCUGCCACAUUGCUGAAGGCCACACCAGGUUACACUACAAAGAAUUGCUUUGCCUUUUCUUCUGGUGGGUAAUACCGGCUGUGGUUUUUAGUGGAUUAAGUAUUUGUGGCCCCGCCCUUUUCCUCUCUCUGAAGAACAGGCAGUAUGCAUCUGGAAAAUAUGUAUCACUCUCUUUUAAAUAUGCAACAUCACUGAGCUGUGUUUCAGAACGUUAAUAUUUAAUGUCUCAGAUUUUAUGGCUAUAAAUAACUACACCUUUUUAAGCUAAACUUUUAGCCUUUUUUUAACCUGAGUUUCACACCCCCUAAAUCCUUAGCAAUGCAUUCUAGUGUUAAGCCUAUGAAAGGCCCGCUCAUUCUCAGUCGACAUUUGACCUCUAUUUCAAAUUUCAUGUCUUCACUUUUGCUGAAAUACUUAGUGUUUUCUCUGCCUCCAUAAAGCGUUGUCACUGGAUACUGUACAUACAAACUUGUCUAAAAGCAACAUGUUUAAAACAACCCACUUGUCUGAACUUGCCACCAGGUGUAAGGAGCUGGAAGUCUCUUGGGAGCCAAAUACACUUGAGUUUAGCCUCUAUCUUAAAUCUAUUAGCCUAGAAACAUUCAAAUACCUGCUGGUAUCAGGGGAAGAAGUGACCUCUAGAAAAGCAGCCAUUGCAUAUGGGCUGUGAAUCCAUCAGUUAUAAUUUCCUAGCUAUUUCUAUUACCUGUGACAAUGUCUCUGCAGUGGUCAUUUUGGCAUGUUAGACUUAGAGGGCUUGUCAUACAAUAAAUCACAAAAUAGGCAAUAUUAGUACCACAUUGACUGUCAUGGUCCUAACAAAUGUGAGUUAGAGAUCUGAUUUUAGUCUCAAGACCAGUUGCCCAUGAUGGGAGGAAACGAUAUUGAUCAGUGGCUGGAUGACUUUUAGAAUGUGUAGAGGGUGGGGUUGGCAAUAAGUUUUAUGAUGCAGGGCUGAUCACGGAUUUAAUUAUGAAGUUUGUGACGGUGUGGUCACAAGGCAGCAUGGUCUAGUGGCUAGAGUAGGGAGAGAAACCAUUGUUCCAUUCUCAGCUCUGCUACUGCCUUGCUGUGGGACUUGGGCACGUUGCUUAGCCUCUGAUCCUUUAUGUGGGAAAAGGGGGAUAAUUUACUCCCACUCUGCACAGUGCUUUAAAUCCUAGGAUGAAAGGAGUUCUGUGUUUUGUACGUAAAUGGAAUUUCACUGAUUCAAGGGAAAAAGUACAUCUGCAUAUGUCUCUGAAUUCCAACUUCCAUCAUUUUCCCACCCCCCCGCCAAUCAAAGCUCUCACUACACCCACAGUCCCAUUAAAUAAAUGAGUUACUACAGUUUAUCUGGACUUCCUAAUCCAGUUUCACAGAGACCCUUAGCAAUCUCGCACUGUCUGAAGCAAAACCCUUUCCUCUUGGCAUUACUGGCAUGUCUCUUUCUCCAGUGAGAACAAGGAACCUCUGUGAGGUGCUCUUCUUCGCACAGGCUAUGCCAUGAACACACCCAUCCAAACGCAUGACUUAGGUAAACAAGCACCUCUCCCUGUGGCAGCUGACAAACUUGCAUCAUUUGGAGGUGUGGGGUGGAAGAAAACUAGCACCUUGCAAAGAGGAAGCUCAUGGCAAAGCAACGUGCUGCUAGUUCAGUUAGCAGGCUGCUUGAGUUGGAACUACGCUACACCUGCUCCUGGAAGUUCUUGCCGCGGUGAUUUGUGUUAUGCCGAAAGAGGAUUUGUGGCUAGGGACAGCUGGUCAAGAUUCUGGCAGUUGUGACAGCAUGGUCAGCACUAACUCAAGCCACUCUGAAUUUAGUGAUAACAGCUAUGACUACUUAUCUGUGGAGGAAAAGGAAUGUUUGAUGUUCCUAGAAGAAACUAUUGAUUCUCUGGAUACGGAAGCAGACAGUGGGGUUUCUGCUGAUGAGAUCAAUUAUGCUGAACGUUCUAAGCUCCCCAGGACAUGGCCGAAGAGAGAUGUUGUUCCAAAAAAUUUGGACAGUAGGUCUCCCGCUGAGAGUUUUGGUCAGCGACAUGAAUUAGAACAAAAGGGUGAUAAACAUGGAUCUCUUCUCUCAAGUUCUGCUCCAGUGGGGGUUACAAGCUCAGGCUACCGCAGCCUUCCAAGGAGUGUCAAUGCAGGAAGUGCACAAACAACCAUCAAGGUUUCCGUCAGCAAAGCAGCUGACAUCCCUGAUGGUCCAACUCCAACAGCUCAAGAACCAGGGAAGUCUUCAUGGAAGAUGCCCAAGAAAAGGGGGGUUGAGGACAAGUCAAAUCACCAGCCCAGCCUGAGUACUCAGAUGAAGCCAUCAGACUUGGAGUCUAUAAUUAUCUGCCCCCCUGAACCCUUCCAGGAUUCCAGAAGCAAGGGGUCUGGCAAUGGCAGUGAAGAUGAGCUACUACCUAAUAAUUUGGAGGUAAAGGGAAAAGCUGAGGAAGCAAUGGGGAAUGAAGUUGCAUCACAGCAUUCUGCCCCAGAGAAUGCAAGGCUGCCACUGAAAGAGGAAAAGAAACAUUGUGAGCAGGGAAGAGAAGGAGCCCCUGAUCUUCAAGGCAACCAAGAGAAAUCACCCUCAAAAGAAUCUUCUCUGGAUUCAAACAUCAAGCCAGGGCCUCCCACAGCCCCAAAGCCAAGAAAACUGCCACCAAAUAUUAUCCUGAAACCUAGCAAAAUCAGCCCAGCACCACUCGUAGACCCCCAUCACAAUAGAAAAGGGCCUUCUCCAUCUUCACCCAAGCACAAAUCCAACACCAGUGACUCUUCUGUGGAAAAGCAGGAAAGGGCAAGGUGGGAGGCGUUGGAGAAGUUGGGACUCCUACAUGAUAAAGGAAGGGAAUCUAAAGUCCAUGUUGUCAGACCUCCUACUGCUCCCAAACCAAACCCUGUCCUCAUUCCUAGGGCUGGUAGUAGGGAUAACUUAAACAGUGAUGAUGGAACUGAUGUUCCUGUGAAUGGGAAAUCUGACCAACAACAUGCUCCAGGAUUAAAUCCAGCAGAGAGCGCUGCUCCUGGCUUGAGACAGACCAUCAAAUCCAGCACCUUGGAGCGUUCAGGCAUAGGUCUGAGCAGCAAGGACCAGAACACGGACAGCAGCUCACUUGGCAAAACAUCUGUCCUUAAGAUGGCGGCUCCCAGUGUUAUCAGGAAUAACCGAACACGCCCAGCUUCCCUCGGCACAAGGGAAGACUUUAUUGAACUCACAGCAUCCAAAACUGAUAACGAGGAGCCAGGGAAAAGUGACAAGCGCAAAUCUUACCCGUUGCUGAAGUUUCCUCGGCCUACUUGUGUCAGUGUAAAAAUCACCCCUAAAGGAGCUACAGAUGAAAACCGGCGGGAGGCUCUGAAAAAACUUGGCCUACUGAAGGAAUAAACAAUUGAACACUUUGUGCAAAUUCACUUAUGUUUUUAUGCUAUGAAUACAGGAACUUCUGUCCUUCCUCUUAAGCAAAAUGGGACAAACUGUGGGUGAAUACAGGAAAGUCUUGUAACAGGGUUCUAGGCACACUUAGAUUAAUUCUGCACACUCUGAACUGACAGUAUGAAAAUGAGCAUCUUCACAGUUUGAUUUCUACCCCUCCAGGGCCUCAGGAGGGCAGGCCUGAAUUAAUACUGCCAUUAGAAUUAUUCAAAGCUUCAUGCUAAAUAGACAUCACAUGUAUAUAGUGUAUAUAAUUAUUUAUAUGUAAUGGGAAUAAGUAUAUGGAUGGGAACAUUCCCCUAAAUGUUUUAUUGCAUUUGCUCCCCUAAAUGUUCACUGUUUGGAAACCAUGAACUCCUGGCAUGUGGUGGCUGAGUCGGGUGGGGGGAGCCAAUCUGGGAAAGACAGGAUGGCAGGAUUUGACUCAGAUGUGUGUGGGUGGUUGGUUUUUUUUUUUUAUUACUAUAAAACAUUUAUUCAAAGCUUUCUGGGACCUGAUCAUCACAUUGGGCACAUGCACGUACCUCCUGAAGCCAAUGGGAGCGAUGCAUAUGCAACUGCCAGCGUGAACAGGACCUGGAUAUUUUAGCCUGGAUAGCAGUGAGGAGUAAGUGUGCCUGAUGUGGGUCUGCCUGAGAGAUGACUGGCAAUAGAACUUGUAUAGGUAUCAGAUUCAGAACUGCUGCCCAAUACGAGGAAAAAUACAGAUGAGCAGAAGUUGAUUUUUGUUGUUGUUUGUUUGCUUUCAUGAACUUUUAUCUGACAUCUGGUUUAUUAUAUCCAGCUGUAUGAGCAAACUACUGCUGAUGCCUUGUUGUCAGCUUUUAUGUUAUGCACCUUUUAUCUUAGAGGUUUUUUAUUUUGGUAAUAAACUAUUUUAAAUG